AUGGACCAAUUUGGUCGCCCAGUUUACAGUAGGUUAUGGAAUAGACGAAAAUCAGCUAUCUCUCCAGCAGGAGAAAAGAAAUCGAAGGUUCGAAAACCAUACAUACGGCAAGUCGCUGCUAGCAGGUCUUCCAAUGUUACCGUCAAUCCAACUCUAGCUGAUCCCGAUGCUUCUUCUGACGAAGAAGUAGCAGAAGAUCGUAUCCUUUCAAACUUGGACUCUUCAAAUAAAAAAUACACCAACUUAGACCUCUCAAACAAGAGUCCCAAGAAAGAACUAAAUAUGUAUCAAGGGAUAGAAAAGUCUAGAGAGCCCGUUGUGGAAAGUGAUAGAGAACCAACCCCAAUCGUCCUCAAGUUGCUCAACGAUACAGGUAACUACACAGCGAACAAAAAAGCACAAACGAAGGAAUCAGUUAUGCAGAAGUAUUCGUCCAAAAAGUUCUCCCCUCUUAUUGUUUCAUAUGAAGCACUGCGAAAUGCCAUCGAGCCACAUCUGGCUAUAGUUCCUGCAAUUCUAAACGGAUCCAAGCCAUCAUACUUUUAUUCAUUAGCAUAUGAAGUAUCCAAGUCAUCCAAAAACAGAGUUCUAACCAAAAAUGUCCUGGAAAACAUUGAUAUGACCAAAUUUGAAGUGGGAUAUCUUGGGAUGAAACGGGCGGGCAUCAUCUCUGACUUUAUUCGAUCCAAGUACCGAACACUUUUAUCUGAACUGGGAAAGUCAAACCCUGUUAUCCAGUUUUGGUCUGUCGACAUGUUCGUCACUUGCGCUUUAACACCAGAAGUUAUUAGCAGGUACAUUAAAGAAGAAAUGAAGCUUUCUGACCUAUCUGAUGCUUAUGACCUUAUGGAAUGGACCUCAGACUAUGGCAAAUACAUCAUGGACACCGAGCCUGUGGGCCACGCGUCUUGGGAUGAGAACACUGAUUGGACAGCCAGCUCCAACACUAAGGAGACUUCCUCCGGAAAUUCACCUCCUGAGCCUGAGUCAGACACUGAUAGCCUUCUCGAAACAGGAGCUGCUACCAACCUUCUGACAACUUAA